AUAAGUUUUAGGAGAAGACUAUUUUUGUCCUUCUUCCAAUAUUUAUAGCGUUGCGCAUUUCAAGGCACGUGCACUUAUUAUCCUUAGGCGUGUUUGAAAGUUGGAUGUUAAUUGAAAUUGAGAUUAUUACUAGGUUAGUGAUUAUUAUUCUAAUAGUAGAGGUGGAUGGACGUGUCAGUACGUCCCAAUACCAACCUCUCCACUACAGCUACGUCAUAAUCCCAUUUAGGUUUGUUUUUCCUUUACCCUUUUUCUUUUCCCCCAAAACCGCCUUUGAUUUCUUUAUAAGCCCCUCCUCUGUUCCCUUUCCAAAUCCAUGAGCGAACCUCUAGAUUUCCAAACCUUUUAUCUUCUUUCUUCCUAAAUUAUUUAUUCCAGAUACUAGAUCUGUUUGUUUGUAUGUAUGUAUCUGUUUCAAUAGCAAUAACAAUUUUUUCUCACGUAUUUGAUCUCUUUUGAUCUGUUUCUCCCACACGUCUUUUGCAACUUUUCCAAUGGCCGGUGUUGCUGUUCUUCAACCGCAUGAUGUUCUCAAACAGCGUGGAAGUUAUCGUCAGAUCUAUGCAGAACCUGUGAUUUCUAGACGAAAUUCCAGUUCUAACCCUCUACCAAUCCCUAACCCUAAGAACAAUCGAAGAAAGCGAAGUCCACGUAAGGGUGGAUCGUCUAACUUUUCGACUUCUCCUGCUGCUAAAAAUAAAAACCUCCAUCUGGUGAUGGGCGAGGUGAAAAUUCUCAAGCGCGGUGAAGUGUUGACCAAUAAGUUGUCGUUGAACAUAGUAAAGGAGGACAACAAUUUUGUCAGUGGUGAAGUUGUUGGAGAUUUGCUCUUGUCCACUACAGAUCGGCUUGGUCUAGAGCCGGAUAUGGUUCCGAAGCACAUAACAAUUGCUGAUUUAUAUGCUGGAUCGGCUUUCGUCUCCUCCCCGCCACCGAGCUCUUUGCCCGUGCCGGCUUUCUUCAAGAAGAAAAGUGAGGGGGAUAACCUUGAAGCCACAAGUGACUUGAGGCGUCUUCUCAGGCUCGAUCUGUCCUAAAGGAUCCUGGGAUGUACCAGUGAUGAUGAUGAUGAUGGAGUUAUAUAAGUCUUUGAAUAAGAAGUUUGUGCUUUGCUCCCGGCUCGUGAAAGCUUCCCUUAUUUUUUCAAGUGGAAGGACGAGGUUGGAAAGCAAUUUGUCAAAUUUCCUUGUUUAGGUCCUUCAUUUUAACUUCCCAUUAUAGUAGGAAAAGUAGAUCUAGCUAGGAUGUUUUUGGUCGACUUAUAUAGUAGUAGCUUUAUAGUCUUGUCAGAACUUUGGGUUUUUCGUUUUAAGCAUCAGUGGUUCUUAUGGCCUGCUAUAGUAUUGUAGGGUCAGUAGGUCUAGUUUCAGUCUGGUAGUGGCUUAGAGCCAUUAACAUAUCCUUGUGUAGUUUAGCUGUCUUCGAUUUCAUAUGUAAUUAGAAAGAUUUUUAGUUUUGUGUCAA